AUGGAUGCCUUUGUGAAUAGAUUUAAAGGGACUACUGCUCUUUGGACCGACGAAUGUAGUAUGCUUGGUGAUUUUGGCUCUUAUGAAGCUGUUAAAAAAUUCUCUCACCCAGUUUUUAAAAUUCCCGCAUAUCAAAAUGCAAGUAUACAUAAUUGUGAAUUUUGUCGUAUUAAAUUUGAACAUGGUACAACUACACUAGCUUUCAAAUUUCAAGGUGGUAUCAUAGUUGCUGUUAAUUUGCGUGCUUCUGCCGGAAAUUACAUUGCUUCACAAACUGUAAAAAAAGUCAUCAAAAUCAAUCUAUACCUUUUAGGAACUAUGACUGGUGGUGCUGCUGAUUGCCAAUUCUGGCAAAGAGAACUUGGCAGGCAUUGUCG